GACGUUCCAUGGGGAAGUUCACCUUGGUUACCGGAACACACGUCAGUUCUCGUUCCACUUCCGAAUGCAAGAACGGAUCAAUGCCUUGUGACUCCAACAUGUAUGCGAUGUUUUGUAACAAGGAAUCCACCUCGCCCUUUACUUGUCCUUGCAAACAAGGCUGGAACCAUAUUUCUGGUUGAUUUAAGUAGUCGUAAAUGUGUAGCUGAGUUAUCUGCUCCUCAAAGCAUACACGAAGUGGAAGUCUUGCAGAAUGACGAUAAUAGCGAUGUUCUUCUGACGAGCUUCACGGGAGCACAGUGGAUUAUCCCUCUCGAAAACGGUAAUCGUAGCGUGACGGAAGUGCUGACAGCAUGUAUCCCAUCAGAAUUCAAAAAAGUGGAACCUCCAACGUCACAUCUUAACUGUUCCACAGAGGGUAUCACAGUUUUGGAUACUGGUGGAUGUUUUGUCGAACUACACAAUGAUUUGUCAUCGCUCAACGGGGUGCCUAAAAAACGCUUCAAAGUAAGUGGCGUUAAUAGUUUUUAUUCGCAUUUUAUCUUUUGA